ACAACAAGCAACAGGUCGUCGAUUCGUUCCCGCGACUCUUAUUUCAAUUGAACAACAAACAACACCGUCAACUGCAGUUAACAGCUUCGGAGUUUUAGUUUGUCAUUAUUUCGAUUUUCGCUGACAUUUCCAUUUUUUUUUUCUUUGUAAUUUUUCUUGCAAUUAUGGAUCGUCAUAACCAAAACCGACACUUUGCCAUUGUGCCCAGCCACCACGUCUUUAUGGUGCUUCGCAUCGAUAGUGGGUGGGUCGUCGCCCCAUGGGUGUGGACGACGUCGUCGGGCUACGUGCAUUAUCGUAGCCAUGAUGACGUCGUUCAAUGGGACCGCGAUAGGAACCGUGCCCAUCCCCCUCGCAGGGACCGUAUCCUUGAGACCAGGACACUAAGUCCAACUUUGGAAGAUGCAGUUUGGGUUCGAGACCGCCUGACCCACCAACAACCAGGCGGUGAUCAAAUCCUGGCCCAAGUUGCCCAACAAGUACAAAAUAUCGCUGCAGGGUUGCAGGGCCUAAACAUUGCGGCUGCUGCUCGAGUUCCCAGAGUCCCUCUCGAUAUUCCGGUUGCCACGAUCCGGCAGCUUGAUGCUCUGGAAGGCGAAAUACGCCACGCCGAUCAGCGACAAGCUCUCGCUGAUCUUUUGAGGGCGGGGUGGAACGCCAACCCGACCCACCAGGUUCACGGUCUGAUGAGCGUCGCUUUCGGACGCGACAUCAAAGACUUCGUGGCGGGGCGCGAUUAUCGAACCCUGAGGAGCAUUUGUCACUGGCCCAGGCUGUGGCAACUGUUAGUUGACACUGUGGAGGACCUAUCCAAUUGGGCCCCUGAUGAGGUCGAGACCAAGCUGAGGCAUUGGUUCCGAAAGAACCGAUAAUCUUUUUUUAAAUUUAAUUUUAUUAUCAUUAUUAUUAUGGUUAUUAUUUUUAUUAUUGUCAUUAUUAUUAUUAUCAUUAUUAUUAUUAUUAUUAUUAUUAUUAUUAUUAUUAUUAUU